AGCAAUCGGCAGGUGUCGCCCUCCCUGCUCCAGUUGCAUGCCGGGUAGUGGAUGAUGGCUGAGAGCUGUGUGGAGGAAUGAAGCGGCUGACCGCUGCCUGUCUCCCGGCUGAAGCGCGCCCUGUGCGGCCUCAGGUGUUUGAGUGCAGCGGAGCUAUGAGGAGAACUGAACUCUUGCCUCCAGGCGUCCUGGUUGUUGGACUAUGCUGUGUUUGCCCACUGGGUGGCGCCUCCUGAGCCAAGCUCACCGCCUCCCUCACUCCCGGCCCCGCCCCGCUGCUCAGUCCAUCACCAUGUACGCCACCCGCCUCUACAGCACUGCGGGGGGAGGAGGAGGGGGGGGAGGUGGGGUUAAACAGGGGAGAAGGGCAGGGCUGGCCAUGAUCGAGGCACCCCACCCUCCUCACCCCCCUCACCCGACUCCACCUCCCCCUGCCUACCACCUGUACCAGGGCCGCCCUGACACCCACAGAGGGGCACACUUCCACUACCACCCACCACCCACCCACUUGGCCCCAUCCCCAUUCUCCCCCCACUACCAGCACCACGCACACUUCCACACAUAUGGAGGGGGGGCUCCAGGGGGCGGGGCCUCUGCCCCUGGUAACAAGAAGAAGACGUGGAACUUCAUCCACGAGAAGAUGAGCUACGACACGUUCUUCACCAUGAAGCGCCUGAUUGAGCGUUCGCGCCGUCCUGACGAGGUGCUGCGCUGGGUCACCCAGAACCCGGCCAAGAUCUCCCACAACCACUACCCCGUCGCCCUGCAGAAGAUCGGACAGCUGCUUCAGGCCACACCAUCACCACGAACCGGAGGGGACGACACAGAAGCCUCGGCAUGUGGAGGAGCCGAGGGGGGUGACGAACGCCAGAUCCUGGAGCAUCAGGACUUUCAGACGCUCUGUAACGCCAUCGUCAACGACUGCGCCAAAUUUGACAACUUCAGCAUUGUCAACUGUUUGUAUGCUGUGGCAGCACUUGGUCUUUCCAGUGACGCUCAGGUGGUCCACGUGUUGGAGGCGGAGUCUCAGUCCCGACUGAGCCAGUUUAACCAGAAGGACGUUUCCAUGGUGUUCAGCUCCAGUAUGAAGCUUCACCCAGGAAGUCAACACCCGCUGACCGAGGCCUGCCUGACCGGCCUGGAGAAGAACCUGGAGAGAGAGCGCCACCCGCAGACGCUCUUCUUAUUGCUCUCAUAUUACAGACUCAAGUGGCGCUCGCUGCAACAGCAGGAGCCCACUGCUGCUGCAGGGGGCGUUGCAACCACCACUACUAAAACCAACAACACGCCCCCAAACCCUGAACUACUGCUUGCCAACAGGAAGAUCUUACGUCUCGUUAAACACACUUUGGCGAGUGUCAGUGGCGUUCGCGACCAAGAGAUGGCCCUGUUGGAUGAGAUGUUGGCAGCGUGUGCUAGAGAGGCGAGCAACAAGAGUCUGGAGUUGAUCUUCAGUUCCCACCUGUUCUACCAGAACCGACAGGAGAAGUUCAUCAGCAGCCUGGCAGAGGAGCUCCCCAAGAAGGUUGACAGCAUCACGCCUUACACAAUGGCUCUGAUUGCCAAAUACAUCGCUCGCCAUCGACUGAGAGAAACCCGGCUGCUUGACACCAUCGCAGACUUCUUGGUGAAGAAGGCGGAAUACCUGGACAGUAAGGUGAUCCAGAAGCUGGUGUUCCCAUUCAGCAGGAUGAGUUACCGUCCAUCCAAUGAGCAGCAGUUUUUCUCUGGCUUGGAGGAGGUGCUGGAGCUGAAGGCUCUGAGUUCACCACUCGCAACCGUCAACAUCCUCAUGUCUCUGUUCCAGUUGGGUCAUUUCCCCGGCCUGGUGCUGCACCGUGUCUUCUCCUCUGCCUUCAUCAGCAAUGUCACCAACAGUCCCUAUGCUGUGAUCGUCCGGAGGUACCUGUCUCUGCUGGACGCCGCCAUCGAGCUGGAGUACCGCGACUACACCGGACCACGACUGCAGGAGACGCACAAAGUACUGAUGUUUGACCACGCGCUGACUGCUGACGAGGUCAACCGCAAGUACAGUUAUAAAGGUCUGGUUGCUGAAGCUUUACGUCAGCUGGUUGGAGAACAAAACUACAAACAGGAUGAAGUGCUCCCUCCAGGGUACUACACAGACUUCGUGCUGUGGAUGGACAGUUCUGGUCGGGUUCUACCCAUCAGACCAGGAGCGGCGCUGUCCUUGACUGUUGUUCCUUCAUCCUGCGUCGCUGUUGCAUCUAAACCUGUUGACGGCGCAGUUACCGUGGUGACUUCAGAGUUCCAGAGGUUUUCUCCAUUUGCGGUGCUAGAGGAAGGUGGCGAACAGCAGUGUCAAGUGGGCGAGGUGAUGGGUGGGGCCAUGGAACCCAUGUCCUUCCUGCCUCAACACAUCCGCAGCACAACGGGGGCCACGCUGUCCUCGGGAGCCCCUCGGCCCACCAACGGCGGCCCCUUGGACUACGCCCCCUACUUUGUCCCUGCAGCAGAGUACUACGCCAGUCUGGCCAAGGAGCACUCACUGGAGAGCCAGGACAGCUCCACGCUCAGCAGCCCCCCCUCUGAUGGAUUGGCCCCGUCUGGGGUUCCAGGACCUGUCGAGACCACAGCCCCUGACUCUCUUUUCCAGUUCUCUAUUGGGAAAAUCCUGGAGGACGAGGGGGGAACUGGGGCCCCUGAGAGCCAGGGGACAGACUGUGAGUUGCCGGGGUUCUAUGAGGGCGUGACGUAUUCUGAGGUGUCAGGGGCCGACAGAGGGCCCUCAUCACCACCACAGCUCCACCCCCCCGAUCAACCAGAGCCUGAUAACCCCCCGACUGACCAGAGACCGAUUAGGAGGUCAGUCCACGAGUCCUAGUACACACAUUGACUG